UGAUGAUGGUGUGGAGGCGGUGGCGGAGACGGAGACGGAGACUCUGGGCAAAAGGAAGAGGGCAGUCUUCGUAAACGCUCGCGCAGUAUAGUAUAGUACAUAUUUAUUGUCACACGUUAAUUGGCAUUUAAUUAAACGCCGAGCGUCAUUCCGCAGUGAGCGCUCGAGUCGCGCGGUUGGGCUCGCGCAUUAUAAAAAAAAGUUCGCAAAAAAUCAGAAAAAUCCAAAACAGCAAGAACACAAAGGCAACAGAAGAAUAAAGGACGACGAGUCGACGAGCAUUUGAUUCAAUUAACCGCCAUAAAUUCGAGCGACUACAUAGCUCGAGGGAAACCGGUUUGGAAAUAAGCUCGGCUUUUUUUUGUUGCACUGCACUCGGCGGACUCCCUCGCCGCCCCGUCCAAUGGAAGAAGCUGGCCAAAAAAAAAUAAAAAUAAAUAAAAGCAAAAUCUAGGUAAAAUCUCGGAUGGCAAACCCCGGAUCAUACGACAUUUUUUUUAUGUGUCCGUCUGGUUAUAUUGAGUAGAACGCAAUAAUAUACACAUAGAACCACCACCACCGCUGCCGCUGCCGCCGCCGCCGUUGAUCGGAACAUCAGCAGAGAGCAGUCUACCGGAGGAGGAAGAGGCCCACAUAUCAGCAUCUGCCGCUGGAGAGAGCUGUGAGCAAGAAGAGAGAAAGGCAAGGCGGGCUGUUGUUGCGGCGUCGUUGCCGUUGCCGUCUCCAUUUUAUUUUGCACUAGCCGCUGCCACUAAAGGGUCGCCGCUGGUCACUCACAUAAUCGCCCAGGGUCAAGGCACAACUUGGGCACAACCACGCACUUCCGAUCAUCUGGUGGGUGCCUGAUUCCGACCAUAUCAUCCAUCUCAGACGACCCCAAGCAUAUAAAUAUAUAUGUAACCAUGUUGACGACCGUCUUGAACUUUGCCCAGCGUGUGGCGGAGAUUUCUUUGCUCGGCGGCAUCGAGAUUGCAUCAGUUGCCCUCAUCGUCUACUACAUUUUCGCCAAGACGAGAGCACCCAUUAUCAUCGCUGGCCUGUUUCCGAACCUGAAUCUAAACUACCGUUCGUCCCUUGGCAAGAUCAAUACCAUACGCAGCGAUCUCCUGGUCACGCUCCGUUCAUCCCAUGAGCCGAAAGUGCAGAAUUCAGUGGCACAUGGCAUUGGCACGCAGAAUAUGUUGCAGCUAACCCCGCAGUCCGGCCAGAAACCCUUUAAGAAGCUUUUGGACUGGGGAGUAUUCUUCCCGUAUGUGGCCCAGGUGGUGCGCAGCGAAAAGUUCGAGUACCGGCAGGUCACCGAGAUUGUGCACAACGAUGCCGUGCUGAAACAUGCAAUUAAACAGGCGGCGGAGCAGAGUUUGAGGGAGCAGCGCUACGCCAAAAAUGGCCAUCGUCUGCUCACGCGCAGUGCUAGCGGAGAUCAGUCGGGUUCGGCUGUGGAGGAGGAGGACGAGAGGCAGGGAAUCUCCUACCAGACCAUUCUGCGCAAGCAGGAGCGGCGUGCCAUCAGCAUCCUGAAGGACAUGGGCUCCACGCUGAACAACGGCCUUCUAGCAUUUACUUCCUGGAUCCUGUACAAGCUGUUGCCUUGCUUCCUUUCCGGCGUUGUGACCAAUACGAAGCAGAUCGAGAUGCUGAAGACUGCCACCGAACGAUCCCCCGAAACACCCUUGAUUUUCGUGCCCUUGCAUCGCAGCCACUUAGACUAUAUCAUGGUGACUUGGAUUCUGACCAACAACGACAUACGCAGUCCUUUGGUGGCUGCCGGAAACAAUUUGCAAAUACCAGUUUUUGGUGGGCUUCUUCGAGGGCUUGGAGCAUUCUUCAUCAAGCGCAAGAUCGAUCCGGUAGAGGGAAAGAAGGAUGUGCUCUAUCGGGCUGCCCUUCAUCUCUACCUAACUCACGCCCUGAAGCAGGGCCACAAUGUCGAAUUCUUUAUUGAAGGCGGACGCACCCGCACCGGAAAGCCAUGCAUGCCCAAGGGCGGAAUUCUUUCCGUAAUUGUGAAUGCCUUUAUGGACGGCAGCAUUCCGGACGCCCUGCUGGUACCCGUUUCAGUGAACUACGAGCGGCUUGUCGACGGCAACUUUGUGCGCGAGCAGAAGGGAGAGAAGAAGAUACCCGAAUCGUUCACCAAGGCCAUAUCAGGAAUCUGGAAGGCCCUACGAUCGAACUAUGGACUGAUGCGUAUCGAUUUCAAUGAGCCCUACUCCAUUCGAGAGCUGGUGAAUUCGUACAACAAGAUUGCUCGAGAGGAUGGGAACAAUGCUAAAGUUUAUAAGCCAGCGGCCAGGACUUUGCAGCACAACCAAUCAACAUCCUCGUUGUACGGCACCGACGUCGUCUGCGAAGAGCACCGCAAUCUUAUUGAAAGCAUCUCGCGGCAGGUGGUCUUCGACUGCGCCGCCGCAACCUCUGUGAUGUCCACCAACGCCCUAGCCUUCCUGCUGCUCACCCGUUUCAGGAAGGGCGGCGAGGAGCAGAUUUUAGCCGAGGCUCUAGAUGACUUGCGAAACUCGUUAUCCGGCACUAAGGACAUUGGUUUUUCAGGGGAAUCCUCACAAAUACUGGCAUAUGCCUGCGACCUGCUCGGACCAGGUCUCGUAACACGCACAAGGGAUGAACAUGGACGGUUGGUCAUUAGGGCUGGGAAUUCCGUGGAAAGCUUUAUUGAAUUGGCUUACUAUUCCAACAUGCUCACUCCGCAUUUCGCCCUCAGUUCGAUACUUAUGACUACUUUCCAUUCCCUGUUGCCGGAGACGGAAAGCAAAAAGGAGGCUGGAGUGAGCCGCAAAACGCUGAUCGAUGCCGCCCUGGAGAACUGCCAGAUCUAUCGCUACGAAUUUAUUUUAAACAAACCCACUCAGGUCCUGGAGAACCUACUUUACAAGCAGUUGGAUGACCUGUUGUUCAGUGGUUGCCUCAUAGCAAAACAGCUGAACGAUGAUAAUGAGAAUACCGAGCAGGCUAAGCGCUUGGCUCGCAACCUGGCGGAAUGCAUCGACGAGGACGAGGACUUCCUCCAUGUAACCCCCAACGACGGCGGAGACGAAGGCAUGUUGCUGUUCGCCCGCGAUACCCUGCAGCAGCAGCGAAACAUUUGCGAGGUGCUGGCACCAUUCGCCUGGACGUACGUGACUGUGGCCCAGUCCCUGCAGAUACUCCACCGCAACUCCAUGCUGGAGUCGGAAUUCAUUAGUUUUGUGAUCAACGAUCUGAGCAGCAAAGUCAAGCGCGGAAGCUGUGUCUAUGCUGAGAGCAUAUCGACGGACUCCGUCCGGAAUUGCCUGAAACUGUUGGAGAAGUGGUCUGUGAUCGAGGUGUGCAACCAGCAGGGCAUGCGCCUGAUCUCACUGAAUACGCUUUACGAGAUGUCUCGGGAGUCGCUCAACACGAUCGUCAAGAAGGUAGACGCCAUUGUGCCAAAGUUCAACUCGGAUUAUUUCAACGCCGCUCCAUAAUCGACGGGAGAUGAUUGAUUUUUAUAUAUUUUUUUGGCACUCAAUCCUUCUUUAUCCUUGUAACGUGCAUAUCCCCUUAAGAUUAAAGUGCGUACUCCUAGAUCUUAGGCUUAGCUAUGUCUAGUUUUAUAGUCAUACGAGUUUAUAAAUGCCAAAGUGCUAGCUUUACUGUAUAGCUGAGAGACAAACAUUGAAAUGUGAACAAAAACAAAAUUUUUAAGUAUAAUUUCCUAAAAAUUGUCUAAAAAUGCCUAUCAAUUAAAGCAAAAAGACAAGCCAAACGAAAGCCGAUACAAUAUAUCAUUUAUACUGAACUGAUAAACUUUAUAAUCGUAUAAUUUAGUCAAAUAGAACAGCUAAAACGACAUAUUCUUGAUUUAUUUUAAUAAAAAUGAGCUGGAGAGCGUAAGGUGGACCAAUUGUCUACUAAAUAUAACUGUGAUCUAUAGGUAAUAAAUGUAUAUAUAAAUGGA